AUGGGUUCGAAUACUGAAAGCACCAAUACGGAAAGCACCAGUACAGAAACAACCAAUACAUUUCCGCAACUAUCAUCACAUCUACAAGAAUUGAUUACUUCACCAGAUGAUUCAUGGUUAUAUCCUGAAGAUGCUUUUUUUAAAUAUUCUCCAACUAGAGAACAAAAUGCUACAAUUCAACAAGAAUUAAAAUUAAAGGAAAGUAUGUUUAAUUUUAUUAUAAAAUUGGGUAGUAAAUUGCAUGUUGAUGGUAGAACUAUAUUAGCCACUUUUAUAUAUUUACAUCGUUAUUAUAUGAGAUUACCAAUAACUUCAUCAAAAUAUUAUGUUGCACUGGCAGCAUUUUGUAUAUCAUGUAAAUUAAAUGAUAAUUAUAGACCACCAGAUAGAAUAAGUCUUGUAAGUUGUCAAAUCAGGAACCCAAAUCCACAAAUUCAAAUUGAUGAACAAUCGGUUAUUUAUUGGAAAUGGAAAGAUCAAAUAUUAAUGAGAGAAGAAUUAAUAUUAAGAAAAUUAAAUUUUGAUUUGAAUUUAAUAUUACCAUAUAUGUUUAAAGAUAUAUUUAUCAAUCUUAAGAUUGAAAAUUGUUCUAAUUUAUUAUUUUUUGAAAAAAGAGCUGAUGUAUUUAAAAUGACUACUGGGUUAAUUGAAGUUUUAAGUGCAUUACCUAUAAUAAUUUGUUAUAAUAUGAGAUGUAUCUUAGCUACUUGUGUGGUUAUAACUACAAUGGAAGGACAAACUCAAAUUGGUCCUGAUUUAAGAAUACCCGAUGGAUUUUUGAAAAACUACCUAAAUAUAACAAGAGAUGAAUGUAUAAAAUGUUUUAAAUUUAUGCGAAGUUUAUUAAAAUGUUCACAACAACUGGAAGAUCAACAACAAAUAAGUAAUGUUAAAAUUUCAAAAAGAAUAUUAGCAAUAAGGAGUGAAAAAUUUAUAGAAUUUAUAGCGAAUCAAGAUUAA